UUGAACAUGUCUCUUCUUGACAAAAUGUCGUUUCUGGUAGAAUAUACGGAGCCCCAAUGGCGGGAUCUGGAUAUGCGUUCACUGCUUGUGGAUCAAGCCUUUGUAUAUCUGGAGUCGCAAUAUCCCGAAACCACUUAUCUAUAUUAUCUGACCGAUCACUGUUAUACGUGUCCUUACUCCAUGAUAAAACCUCUGCCGGCUGGUAACAUUUCUGCAGAGCCUGUAGACACUGCCUAUGCUGCAAGCUGGAAAAUAUAUAGCGAAGAUCAGGGGCCAUAUGGGUUCGAUAAUGUCUCUGCAAUGUGCACGGUGUCUCGAGCACGUCUGGAAGAAUUUAGUGUUCAUAAUUUGACGCUUUUUGCGAAUGGCAGCUGCAACUUUGUCAUGGACAAGCCAGGAGUGAAUGUCAAUUACGCGUUUCUCUCUGUAUUUCUGAUAACGGCUGCAUUUCUGCUGCUAUUAAAGCUUUUCUGCUACGGCUGGCGACGUUAUCGAUAUGCGAAAACUAUCGUCCUUGCCGAUAACGCAAACGAUGAAGCCGACGAAUCAACGCAACAGCGCAAGGCGCGUCUUCGCAGCCUGGACACAUUUCGCGGUCUGACCAUUGUGCUAAUGAUAUUUGUGAACAACGACGGCGGUGAUUACAAGUGGAUCGCUCACGCUUACUGGAAUGGCAUCAACUUAGCGGACAUUGUCUAUCCCAACUACAUGUGGAUGAUGGGCGUCUGCAUUCCGUUCUCGAUCAAGGCGCAACUGUCGCGUGGCAUCAGCAAAUCCACGAUUUGUUGGCGCAUCUUCUGCCGCGCCUGCAAACUAUAUGCUCUGGGCAUAUUCUGGAAUUCGAUGUUUUCCCUCCAACUGGAAAGUAUGCGUCAGAUGGGCGUGCUGCAACGUUUGGGAAUUAGCUACUUAGUGGUUGCCCUCUUGCAAACGCUGUGUACUCGUCGCAAGCUGCUCGACGGCCGUGAUCUUCUUCCAUUUUGUGUGCAGCUCAUCGUGUUCCUCGCUCUAGUCGCCACCUAUCUGGGCGUGACCUUUGGCCUCCCCGUGCCCAAUUGUCCGCUGGGUUACCUUGGCCCCGGUGGCACGUCACAGAAUCUUGCCCAUCAACUUUGCACGGGAGGCGCCGCUUUCCUAGUGGAUCGGCUGUUGGGCACGAUGAACUUAUCUGAAGCAUAUGGUGCGACAGAUCUUUACAACACGUAUCCCUUUGACCCGGAGGGUCCCUUUGGUAGUGUGAUGGCCGUGGCGCACGUUAUUCUGGGCUCCUUUGUUGGCAUCUCCAUUCAGUUGCUUCCCGCUUGGCAGUCGCGUCUCAAGCGCUGGUUGCUCGGCGCUUUGCUCUUGGGGUUGCUCGGUGGCGGCUUGUGUGGCUUCUCCAAGGAAGAGGGCCUCAUACCCCUUAACAAAACUCUCUGGUCGCUUUCGUUUGUCUGCGUCAUGGUUGCCAUGUCUUUGGUGCUGUACUCGCUAAUAUACUAUGUGGUUGAUGUGCAGCAGCUGUGGUCGGGAUAUCCUUUCACUGAAUGUGGCAUGAAUGGCAUCAUUUUGUUUUUGGGUCAUUUGUUUAUACUUAAUGUGUUACCCUGGCAUUGGGCGAUUGGAGCGAUGAACACGCAUUUUCUGCGGUUGUGCGAAAACGUAUGGUGCACUAUGAUUUGGGUGGCCAUUGCUCUAUAUCUGCAUAAGCGAAAGUUCUAUUAUCAUCUUUAAUUGUCAAGCAUUACAACAAGUAAUUUGAAAA